AAAAGGCAUGUCAAGAGCGAAGUAAGAGCUGACAGAGGUCGAUAAGUAGUUGUCCAAGAUCAAGCGACUUCCAAGACACAGUGAAACAGGCAGACAUGAUCAGCAAGGUUGUUGGCGGCGGGCCGGAAUAUUUAAAUAGGCAUACGAACCCCACGUCUAGCGUCGUCGGCAGGUUGGACAAGAAUUACAAGAUUGAGGAAGAGCACUUUUGAACAUGACGGAUCGCGCGAGUGAAGGAGGACGCGAGUUGGACCUGGAAAAGGAGUUGUCGUGCUCUAUCUGCACCGACGUACUCUACCGGCCUCUGACGUUGCUCGACUGCUUGCAUACCUUUUGCGGAAGCUGUUUGAAAGAAUGGUUCGCAUGGCAGUCCUCGUCGAGAGGGCACAUAUACUCUUGCCCAGCAUGCCGAGCUGCUGUACGCGACACACGACCGAAUGCGACCCUCACCACCCUGCUCGAAAUGUUCCUGCACGCCCACCCUGAUAAAGGCAAGACGGCCCAGGAAAAGCUGGACAUGGACAAGACAUACAAGCCUGGAGACAAUGUGAUACCACCUGUAGACCUCGGUCAGGUAUCAGAUGAGGACGAUGAAGAGGAUCAACAGAUGCUGGCCCAGGCCCGUGAGCUGAGCCUGGACGACGUCGGUCUUGGUACUCGCUCUACCCAGCGUCCUCGCCAGACGCAUACUCGCCCUAUAAACCGACAUGCCGAGUCACCACGGUCAAGCCAGACCGACGGCUUGUCACACCAGUCCAGUAUACGCUCUUUACUCAGUCAGUCGGACGUCGACUUGGGCGACAUGGAAGAUGAAAUCAUGCGUCACAUCAUCGACCAUGGUCUCCUGGACGGAAUGGAUCUCAACAAUCUGACUCCGGACCAGGAAGACGCCAUCACAGACUCCAUCGCCCAAGCCUACCGCUCUCGACGUCGUCAAGACCGUCGCGAUCGUGAUCGUGAUCGUAUUCGUGACCGUGACCGUGACCGUGAACCUUCUGCUGCUCACCAUUCUCCGCUUUCCUCAACUCAUAGACACUCUCCAUCGACCUCUACCCACCGUCGAACCACAUCGACUACCACAACUCGCAACCCUCACCUUCUGCCUUCUGCACAGACUCAUCCUUCAUCAGCAAGACGUCGCGCUGCCUCGGCCAAUCUCACGCCCCGACUCAACACCGCUUCUGAUCGCCAUCAACGCCUAAAUCCUGACUCCUCCUCACGUCCUUCGAACCACAGCUCUCCCGCAUUGCCGUUGCCGACUCGAGAAGAACCAUCAUCAGGCAUACCUUCUCCAUCAAUCACUUGCUCGAGAUGUGAGAAGCCUGAUAUACAACACUCGCUACACUAUAAUUGCGACAAGUGCUUGGAAGGUAGCUUCAACCUAUGUCUUGAAUGCUAUCAUGCAGGAAAAGGCUGUCUCAACUGGUAUGGCUUUGGCCGCACUGCUUUCGUUCGCUAUCGACCUCAAGCUGGUCCAGGCUCCGAGCAUGUGCAUCUGGACCCUCCUCACGUUUUGUCGGCCAGAAAGCACGUCCAAAGCACUGCGAUUCUGGAGCAAGGCUUGUUCUGUGACGGCUGUCAAGCGUUCGCCAAUGCGUGCUAUUGGCAUUGCAACACAUGCAACGACGGUGCUUGGGGCUUCUGCAAUGCCUGUGUUCAGCAAGGCAAGCACUGUACUCAUCCACUAGCCUCAGUCGCUCAUGUAUCCCAAGCACCAUCCUCUUCUCAUCGCCACACACCCUCAGACCUAUACCCACCACCCCUGACAUCCGCCACCUCUGCUUUCCACUUCGCCGUACCCUCCUCAGCCACAUCCAUUCUCCCCUACGUCCCCAAUCCAUCCUCAUACACCUCAGUAACCCUAUCAUCCUAUUGCGACAUCUGUCACUACUCCAUUCCACUCUCACACUCACGCUUUCACUGCAACACGUGCAACAAAGGAAACUACGACAUUUGCACAUCUUGCUACCAUUCCCUCUGCAAUACUGGGAAGAUCUCCCGCGACAAUGGACCAUCAGGAUGGAGGAGAUGCUUGAAAUCUCAUCGUAUGACCGUUAUCGGCCAUGAAGACAGAGAAGGCGGAUCCCGUCGCCUCAUCGUCCGCGAUCUCGUCGGCGGCUGGGCCUUGAAGGAAGAUCUCCCUACCCAAUCCACCACUUCUACAACCACAACCAACCAAUGGCGUUGGAAGGAAAACGAUGGAACUUCCGUCGCUGUUUCUUCUGCGUCCACUCAUCCCUCUAAACAUCCCUCUUCUUCUCAACACUUCCCUCCAGAUGGUGGAAUAGGCUUCCGCGCCCAAGCCCUAUGGUCAUAUAUCCCUGGAAUUGAAGCUACAGAUGAAUUGAGUUUUCCCAAACAUGCGAUCAUCUCAGAAGUGGAAGAUAUCAAUGGAGAUUGGUACUGGGGUGUUUAUUGUGGGAGAAAGGGACUGUUCCCGGGGAAUUACGUUAGGGUUGUUUAGGUUGCUGGAGAUAUAUCUGCUAGUAACUGGCAAACGUGCUGGAAGAUGUGGAGCUAGUGAAGGUUUGGAGUCAGCGGGGUCUUGUGGUAUAGACCUCAUUUUGGGGAUAGAGUGGGCAGCUUCCCCGGAAUUAGUUGAUAUGCAAGAUGGUCGUUGCAGAACUUGGAGUGCAGAAUUUGGAGAAGUGGCAGUCGCAGUGGCAGUUUUACCGGAAGUCCUGGAAUCUGGAGCCGUACGGUUGGUUGCGAUGGGAUGCCAGGAGAAGCAGAUGCAAUGCAAGAUGGACGAUGCAACGAUGAAUGAAUCCCUCAUCAAGACCACGUGAUCUUUUCCGCUCUCAAUUUCUUCCACCUUCUCUGCAUACUGCAUAUGCACGAUCCCCCCGUGCCCGAUAUUUCUCCAUCG